CUUAUCCGAUUUGUCGACAGAUUUAUCAUCUUCCCGUGUCUAAUAGUGGAGAAAUGGGAAUGGCAGCUACUGCACCGACGUCGGCGCUGGUGAUGGCUGCAGGACCCUUUCUGUCGGUCCUCCAGAAUCCUCCACUCUCCGGACGACUCGUGGCCUUUACCACUCCGCUCACUUACGCUGUGCGGCUCUCUCGUCUCCUUGAGCUACGCGGCGCCGUGCCGCUGCACCUUCCCACUGUCGUCGUGAAUACAACCUGUCGCACGAUCGCUUCCCUCAGCCUCUACCUCUCCGACGGAGCCCUAGAUUCCUUCUCCGUUCUCGCCUUCACCUCUCGCACUGGCAUCGCCGCCUUCUCCCUCGCCCUCGCAGAUCGGGAUUGUUUCGUGCCGCUCUCCUACGAGGGCGAGGCUUUCACCAUCGCUGCCCUAGGAAAGGACGCCGAGCUCCUCCACGAGGAAGGGCUCCUAUCGCGACUCUGCAGGAACUCCAGUCGGAUCCGAGUUCUGGUGCCGGAGAUCGCGUCCCCGGAGGGCCUAGUGAAGGCGAUUGGGGUCGGAUCAGGCAGGAGAGUGCUCUGUCCUGUCCCCACCGUCGUCGAUCUGGAAGAACCGCCGGUGGUUCCAGAUUUCCUGAGAGCUCUGGAGGCGCGCGGUUGGGUCCCUGAGAGGGCAUCUGCGUACGAGACUCUGUGGGCGGGGCCGCUCUGCGCCAAAGGAUUAGUGGCGUCGGAGGCGGAAGUGGACGCUCUAAUCUUCACGAGCACGGCGGAGGUGGAGGGCCUGAUGAAAGGAUUAGACGCAUUAGGGUGGGAUUGGGAGAAGGUUCGCCGGCGCUGGCCGGGGAUGCUGAUUUGUGCGCACGGCCCGGUGACUUGCAAAGGCGUGGAGAGAUUUGGCGUUCGCGUGGACGUAGUCAGUUCCAAGUUUAGUAGCUUCCAUGGAGUUAUCGAAGCUCUUGAAACAAAGUUAAGAGCUUUGACCGCAACAAAUUUUAUCCGAUAACAUCUACUCGGAAAAAAUAAGCAACUCGACUAUGAAAUUUAGGGUUUGCAUAGUAUUGUAAGAUCUAUGAAAGAAGAACGAUCUUUAUUUCUUUUAAGACAAACGAUACCUUGAAUGAAUUCAGCUUUUGUGACCA